AUGAACAUACUAUUGAUUGUUUUUCUUUUUCAGUGUUAUGGGUUAUAUAACUUUCUUGAUAACGUUUUUUCUGUUUAUAAAACUCGUUUUGAAAACAGAAAUAAAACUAGAGCGAGUUGUUUAUCUUCAUGUGUAUUUGACAUUCAUGGAUUUUACCAAACUGAAGAAUAUCAACCAUUUCCAUUAUCAUAUCUAGAAGGACCUUAUCCAUUACAACACCCAUAUUAUUGUGGAAUAUCAUGUUUUUUGAAAAGUUAUAAUUCACCAAUGGUACAUUAUUCUAGUUAUCCAACACAAUAUGAUAAUGAUGAUAUUUGUUGGUCUAAAGAACCUCCUAAUGAUUUUUUAAGGAUUUAUCCAAAACCAUUAUUCAUUUCAAUUCAUCACCCAAACACAGCAGUGUUUUAUCCUGGAUUUCAAACAAUACAAUAUUAUAAUCCACAAGACUUUGAAUAUUCAAGAGGAAUUGAAUUUGGUAAAUCUACAUUCUUCAUAUUUUAUGAUGUUUCAAGUUCUAAUAGUAAUUUUAAGGAAAAACGAAAUGGAGUAUCACUUCUUAUUAAUUCUAUUAGUCCAUUACAACAAGUUCGUUUAGUUAUUUUUAAUAAUGAAGCUAGAGUAUUACAAGGAUUUAUGGAUAUUACUCAUAGUUCAAUCUAUAGAAUGUCUGAUAAUGUUUGUC